AUGAUAUAUCUCUUUCACUCCACCUUUUCUUUCUUUCUUUCUUUUCUGUUUCCUUUUUUUUCUGCUUAUUUCUUUCUGUCGUUCUUUUUCUCUUUCUCUCUCUUUUUCUUUCUUUCUUUCUUUCUUUCUUUCUUUCUUUCUUUCUUUCUUUCUAAUUCUCUCUCUUUAUCUUAUUCUCUUUCUUUUCUCUUUCUUUUUCUCUCUUUUCUCUUUUUUCUUUUCCUCUCUCUCUCUCUCUCUUGUCUGCACUUUCUUUCUUUCUUUCUUUCUUUCUUUCUUUCUUUCUUUCUAAUUCUCUCUCUUUAUCUUAUUCUCUUUCUUUUCUCUUUCUUUCUCUCUCUCUUUCUUUUUUCUUUUCCUCUCUCUCGUCUUGUCUUCUCUUUCUUUCUUUCUUUCUUUCUUUCUAAUUCUCUCUUUAUCUUAUUAUCUUACUUUUCUCUUUCAUUUUCUCUCUUUUUUCUUUUCCUCUCUCCCUCUCUCUCUCUUGUCUGCUCUUUCUUUCUUUCUUUCUUUCUUUCUUUCUUUCUUUCUUUCUUUCUUUUCUCUCUCUCUUUAUCUUAUUCUCUUUCUUUUCUCUUUCUUUUUCUCUCUUUUCUCUUUUUUCUUUUCCUCUCUCUCUCUUGUCUGCUCUUUCUUUCUUUUUUAUUUGUUUAA